AGCACUGCUGCCUUAUUCCCACACUGAUACACACCAGCAGAGCAGAGGAACUACAGCGUGUGUCGCACGUGGUUCUUUUUACAGAGAUGGACACUGGUAACAAGAAGGAGACUGAGAAGAUGCAGAGCCCAGACAGCGACCUGUCGGAGCAAAUAAAGGAGGCCACUAAGGACAGCCACGUCCGGGCGGAGAACACCAAACUUAUGUUGAGCUACCAGAGAGGACAGAUCACUCUUCCACAAUAUAAGCUCCUCCUGUUCUCGCUGUACGAGAUCUACAAAGCACUGGAGGAGGCGCUGGACGGCAACGCUGCCCAUCCCGCUGUCGCACCCGUUUACUUCCCCCUGGAACUGGCCCGGCUCGAGCACCUGGAGAAGGACCUGGAGCACUUCUAUGGAGAGCACUGGCGGGACAGAGUCAUCGUACCUGCCGCCACACAUAGAUACACCCAGAGGCUGAGACAGAUUGGCAGGGAGAAACCAGAAUACCUGGUGGCGCACGCCUACACCCGUUACCUCGGGGACCUGUCGGGGGGGCAGGUCCUGGGCCGCAUUACCCAGAAGUCCCUGGGCCUGGAGAACGGGAAAGGUUUAUCGUUCUUCUCGUUCCCUGCCGUGAGCAGCCCCAACCGCUUCAAGCAGCUGUACAGGAGCAGGAUGAACAGCAUCGAACUGACGAAGGAGGAGAAGCAGGGGGUGCUGGAGGAGGCCGUCAGAGCCUUCGAGCUCAACAUCGAGGUUUUUGAUGAUCUGCUGAAAAUGUUGACCCUGGCAGAGACGGAGACAGAGACUGGCGUACGACAGAGACAGAAGGCGCAGAGCCACAACCGUGCUGCUGGCGAGGCCAGCAAUGGAAUUGCGGAAAAAGUUGAGAACAGCGGCAGCGAUCUGUCGGAGCUUAUAAAGACCGCCACCAAGGACAGCCACGUCCGGGCCGAGAACACCCAACUCAUGUUGAGCUACCAGAGGGGAGAGAUAACACUGCCUCAGUAUAAGCUCCUCCUGUUCUCGCUGUACGAGAUCUACAAAGCACUGGAGGAGGCGCUGGACGGCAACGCUGCCCAUCCCGCUGUCGCACCCGUUUACUUCCCCCUGGAACUGGCCCGGCUCGAGCACCUGGAGAAGGACCUGGAGCACUUCUAUGGAGAGCACUGGCGGGACAGAGUCAUCGUACCUGCCGCCACACAUAGAUACACCCAGAGGCUGAGACAGAUUGGGAAGGAAAAACCAGAAUACCUGGUGGCGCACGCCUACACCCGUUACCUCGGGGACCUGUCGGGGGGGCAGGUCCUGGGCCGCAUUACCCAGAAGUCCCUGGGCCUGGAGAACGGGAAAGGUUUAUCGUUCUUCUCGUUCCCUGCCGUGAGCAGCCCCAACCGCUUCAAGCAGCUGUACAGGAGCAGGAUGAACAGCAUCGAACUGACGAAGGAGGAGAAGCAGGGGGUGCUGGAGGAGGCCGUCAGAGCCUUCGAGUUCAACAUCGAGGUUUUUGACGAGCUACGGAAAAUACUGAGCUUCACAGAGAACCAGGGGAAUGCGUUGCAGAAACAAAUGACGGCCAGCUUCAAAACACAGGGAGGCCGACCAAUGGCAAAGUCAACGGUUCCAGCCUUACUCGCCUCCUCCCGCUUUCUCCGGUUGAUUCUGGGCGUCUGCGUUGCCUUGUUAACGGUUGGAAUUGGAAUAUAUACAUUCUGAGUAAUGACUUCAGUUUUUAUGUGCUGUUUAUGCAUUUUUUUUUUUUUUUUUUUUCCUCUCUAUUGCCAGUGUUACUAAUGUGAAAGUGGGCACCACAUCCUACUCACACAAGCUGCUCACAAGAAAUACAUUUCAUUUCUUCAUGAAUCUGAAUGUUUUGUUCAGACUUGGGAAAUUUGUAAAACUUCAUCAUACUCCUGUUUCAAAUGUUUGUGUUCACGUUUGUUAACCCAGCACUUUAAUAUUCAUGUAGCUCCACUUUGAAACAAAUCGAAUGAAGCUUGGAGUUGAAACAUGUGACUGUACUGUACUCAUACCUUUACCGGAAUUUGUAUAUUUGGAAAAACGCUGUAUAAAAGUAUUCUGAAUUCCUAAGUGGGGAAAAUCACUCAGAUUUGAUGUUUGUGGAACAUUUUACUUUGGCAAUUCUUGAUCAUAUUGGAAUGAUAGCAUUUGAGAUUAAUAUUUGAUACUUCCAGCAGUUUAUAUUUUAACA